AUGGGAAGACGAGCAAGUUCUGGGUAUAUGUUCCAUAUGCGUUGUACCGCAAAGUGGGAUUCGGAUCUUGAACCGGGCAAGAAAUGUUAUGGGAAUAAAGGGCUCAAUGUGGUGAUAUGCAUAAGCUGGUUAUGGCAUGUAACAAUGGGUAACUAUGAGCCAAGCUCCAUAAGACUGGCACGUGAUGGUGCAGCAGGUAGUAUGAUUUGGAAACUCUCCCAGCUAUUUGUGGGGCCUCCAGCUGAAACCAUAGUCGAUUAA